GCUGCGUAACUUGAUCGUGGUCUUGCAGGCUCCUCUCCCUCAGGAUGACUGGGAGUGACGCAGGGCAGACGAAAAAAACUAGGUAUUGAAGGGAAACAGGACGGCGGAGAUGCUGGAGAGACUGUUGCUUUAUUUCACAGGUUGAAGCCCGAUGCACGACCUGCCCGCCCGCACAGAGGACAUGAAAGUCACCUGGAUGCAGGCUUUCCUCAGACACAGAGCUGGUUAAGAACCAUCACCUCAUCCUUUGGGCGGAUCAGUUUGGAUACAUUCCCAGGCAACGCUGAUCCUCGUUUUUGCACAUGGGAGAGCACCCUUCUCAUUCAUUUUUCUUACUGCACACCAAGUUGUAAGUCGUACUCAAUUGGAGAAUAUUUGGACCCUCCUCUCCGUCACUUCAGUAUAUCUUCAUCAUGAACUACCUGCGUCGACGACUGUCGGACAGCAAUUUCAUGUCCAACCUCCCCAAUGGCUACAUGACCGACCUCCAACGCACCGACCCACCGCAGCAAAGCCCCGCAGUGUCGCCGGGACCGGCGGAGAGGCGCCAGUCCACCAGUCAGCAGCAACCUGCAGGUGGGGGCUCCGGCUUCUUCUCCUCCAUAUCCAAUGCUGUCAAGCAGACUACAGCUGCUGCGGCUGCAACCUUAUCCGAGGCGGCGGAUCGGGCUGGUGUCUCCAGCAAUGCCAAGAUCCUCCUGGUUAUCGACGACCAGCAGACCGACUGGGUGAAGGUCUUCAGAGGAAGAAAAGUCCACGGUGAAUUUGACAUCAAGGUAGAACAGGCAGAAUUCUCUGAAAUCAACUUGGUGGCCAAUGCCACAGGCACCUACAAUGUUGACAUUGAUGCAAUCAGAAAUGGACAUAAGGUUACUAAAUCCUUUAAGCCAGACUUUGUGCUGAUUAGACAGCAUGCCUUCAGCAUGGACAAGAAUGGAGACCAUCGCAACAUAGUGAUUGGACUGCAGUAUGCUGGAGUGCCAAGUGUUAACUCUUUGCACUCUGUUUACAAUUUCUGUGACAAACCAUGGGUGUUUGCUCAGAUGUCAAGACUCCACAAGCAGCUGGGCCCUGAGGAAUUCCCACUGAUUGAGCAGGUUUACUAUCCGAACCACAAGGAAAUGAUUAGCUCCCCUCGAUUCCCUGUCGUUGUAAAGAUGGGCCAUGCUCACUCUGGAAUGGGGAAGGUAAAGGUGGACAAUCAGUAUGACUUUCAAGAUAUUGCUAGUGUUGUGGCACUGACCAAGACAUAUGCAACAUCUGAGCCUUUUAUCGAUGCAAAGUAUGAUGUCCGCAUUCAGAAGAUUGGCAACAAUUACAAGGCAUAUAUGAGGACAUCAAUUUCUGGGAAUUGGAAAACUAAUACUGGCUCGUCUAUGCUUGAACAGGUGGCCAUGUCAGACAAGUACAGGAUGUGGGUGGAUUCUUGUGCAGAUAUCUUUGGAGGGUUAGAUAUCUGUGCUGUGGAGGCUUUACAUGGUAAAGAUGGCAAGGAUUACAUUAUAGAGGUUGAUGACUGUUCAAUGCCACUGAUUGGGGACCAGCAGGAAGAGGACCGUGUUCAGAUUGCAGAACUGGUGGUUUCUAUGAUGAACCAGAAUGUUCCUCGCACGCCAAGCUCUUCCACAGUCCGUGCAACAGCAGGACAGUUGGCACAGAAAGCAGUUUCUCCUCAGCCCGUCUCACAGUCCAGAGUACCACAGGCACAACAGCGUCCCUCACCUCAGGGUGGUCCUCAGCAAAGCCCUCCAUCCCAACGCCCACAACCUCAAGGUCAGCCUCCUGCACAGGCCCAGUCACCUGCCGCAAGCCCUGGUACUGGUGACCCCAGUACCCAGGCUAAGGCUAGUCAAGGACCUGUGGCCCAACCUCGGCCUCCAGGUCAGGGUGCUCCUCAACGAAGCCAGGGAGGUUCCCCUCAAACUCAGAGGCAACAGUCUGUAUCACAGCAACAGAAACCCUCUGCAGGCGGCCCUGGCCAGAAACCUCCAGGUGGGCAACCACAGCAACAGAAACCUGCUCAACCCACUAGACAGCAGUCACAGGGGGGAUCACAGCAACAGAGGGCAUCUGGUCAGCAAGGCCGGCCUGGAGCACCCACCACCCAGCAGCCGCGACCUGCUGGUCAAGGCCAGGGUGGUCCAGGAGGACGACCCCCUCUGCAACAAAAGCCUCAGCCCCCACAGAAGCCCAGUCAGGACAGCCCGGCCUUGGGCGGCUCUCCACAGCUAAACAAGUCCCAGUCUCUUACCAAUACCUUCAACAUUCCAGAAACUCCAGCGCCACGAGCCAGCCUUAGCCAGGAUGAGGUGAAGGCUGAAACCAUACGUAAUCUACGCAAAUCUUUUGCCAGUCUCUUCUCAGACUGAGAUGGCACGAGACCAACCCUUAACCCCACCCUUUCUUCCCACCUCCUACUGAGAGAAACGAGGACAGGCAAACUGAAGGACAGAUCCCUUCUUCCCCCAACGAGUAAGGACCAACUGGAUCGCCAAUUUAUCUUAAAAGUCUGAAAGGAAAAUUGUCACGCACUGCCGAAACAAUUUAAAUGUAUUAGAACAAAAGGUAGAACAUGGGCAGGCACUGAUGUUUGAAACGUUUUCUUGCCUUGUUUCAAGUUUUAAAUGAGUCAUCAGCUAAAAUCACACAGACGCUUGUGUAUGCAUGCAACACACUUACACAUAAGAAAAGAAACACCACAAUACUGGUUCCUCUUGGUUGUUGGUGCUGUAAAGUUAUUGUGGAUUUUAUGUUCAAAUAAAAUAAAGGGACUGUACAAAUGGUAUUUCGAUAGGGAGAAUUGCCCUUUUUUGAAACAAAGAGCCUUUCCAGUGUUAUUCUAACAGUAAUCUAAUGAUGAAAAUACAGUUAUUCUCUAUUAUUGGGGAAAAUCUGAUAGAUAAACUUUUUUGUGAGAACCUCAAUAGUUUUACCCCAAAUCCCAAGAGCUUCCCAUGCUAAUCCGUAAAUACAAGACUCUGACUUUUGAAAAAGCUCAAAUAAGACCAUCCUCCUUUCUCCCUCCUGAAAGCAUCGUACAGUCCCUCUUUCAUUUCAGCUGCACAUAUAGGAUGUCCAGUUAGUGUAAUCAAAGGCUAGAUUUGUUUAAGGCGCUAACCGCUCACGAUUAAGUCUUAGCUGCAUGUCACCAGAGGGCAGCCAUUGCACUUUCUAACCUCUGACUUUAGCUCUUGUAACUGUGUUGUCACAUGUGGGUAAGUUAGUAAAGUAGCCUCGUACAGUUGGUGUUGUAAUUACAUUGUCAUUCUCAUGUUUCUUCCUCUUUUUUUUUCUUUUUGUUUUGUUGCCACACACAUAUGAAAAUUCUAUGUAAAAGCAUGCCUUACACAGACAAGAAGGUCAAAUCAAAUGGAGCUGUCUCAGGGAUGUCCAGUUGAUUGUGACCCUUGUGUGUGGCUGAGGGUCUUCCAUUACAGUCUUAACUCGAUUGUUUACAACUAACAAAGGACAAGCAUGCAUUUUCGUGAAGUACAAUGUUCUGUUAUUUGCACACAGAGUAUACACAAAAUUAUACUUGAAUACAAUGUCAUGGACUGAUGGAUGAAGUCUGCAUUUUCAGGUUUAUUCAUUUCCCACCUGACAAGGCAGCAACUCACUGUUUCCCUCUGAGUUGCUGCUGCGUCUGUGACAGGUGUGCUGUGGUGGGAAAUGGCACAGACAGGGUUGGUAACUGUUCAGGUACAGUUAGUAAAAUAUUAUAUUAUUUAAGGUUUCAUUUCAUAGUCCCAGUUUUUUCAAAGCAAAGUCACCAACUUUUGACUGCGUAGUAGCUAUUAAACUGAGCAGAUUUACAGUAAGUUUUACGUGAAAUCAGACUGAUUUUAGGGUUUAGCAGUAGUGCUGGGGGCUUUGCACUUAAUCACAACCCUUUGCUUCCAUAUAUUGUAUGUCUCUUACUUUUUAAUAUAUGUUAAACCAUUUCCCAAAGCAUACUCAGCCAAGGAAUAUUCAUUUAUAAAGCUUAUCUAUACAAUAAAAAAAGGAAAAAAAUGUAAGGGGUAUAGGAAAUUCAGCUGCAGAGUUUUCCUCUGCAGUAGUGCAAGCACUUACUGCCAUCCACCUUUUGCACUGACAAAGCUUUCUUUAAUCACUAUGGAAAUCCAUUCUCUUACUGAAAAAAAAAAACAUCUGUUUCUAGACACUAAAAUGUCUUCCAGAAGGCGCGCAUACAUUACAUUUGAAUGUUGAUGUAAUAUGGCAAUAUCCUGCUUUUCAGAGACGAUCCAAUAGCUAAAAGUAGAAAGGAGUCCCAAUUCCCCUGCAGAUUCUCUACCCUACCUGUGCUUAUUGGUCUGUUGUGUAGCCACAGUGACCCCUUGUGCUCAAUGGUGCAUAAACGUGUGAAUGUUGUUUUGUGAUUGAUCAAACCAAAUAGAUGUGUUGUGCAAAGCUCAGAGUGAUGCAGAUCAUCACCUCUCUUCCCCAGCUGCUAUUUGUGCUUGUUGAUAUUUGAUGUGUCUUUAAAUGGUUUAGUUUUAUUUUAGAAAAUUGUGGACUGUUGUUCUAAUUAUUUUGCAUCAGUUUUUUUCUCUAGGCACCACUAUCAGGUCCUCAUAAGUUUAUGCAGCAGUGAUUCAGGGCCUCAUUUUUAAAUUUUACAGUAACUCAGUGUCAGUGCAUAACUGUUCAACUUAUUACAGCACAGCCUGCUGUCAAGAGAAUCAGUGAGAGCAGUACUCGUUACACUGGGUGAGUAAUUUAUGAAAAUGAGCCGUCACAUUUAGCAUGAAUGGCUAACUUUGAAAAAUGUCAUUCUGUCACUCAAAGGCCUCUUGGCCGUGCUGAGACUACAUUUGCCAGACAGAAUGAGCUGGGACAGCAAUGCAGUUCUGUAGAUUUGUAUUUAUGUUUUUGAUAUUUACAGAUUUUUUUUUAAGGUCUGCAUUACUUAUGGUGGAUAUAUUUGACUGUGAAUGUACUUUUGUCUACAGCUAGUUUUAUCAUUUUCUAAUUGCACUGUAUAAUCAUUGUGGAAAAAGUGAAAUCAUUACAACGUUGUGAAUGAGUGAAAACUGAAUGUCUGUUCAUGCCUGCCAGAUUUAAAAACGUACACUAUAAAUGUAAGUGAAACAAUCUGAGGUUUUUGUUAAUCAAAAAUAAGAUAAUGCAUAAUGUAAAUGAUGGUGGAUUAUUGAAUUCAAUGUUAAAAGAUUAAAGAUCAAAUAAAUUGAUGUUAUAUGCAAUGUAGCUAAAUAAUGUGAAAAUUAAAAAAUAUGCACAUGUCUAAUAAAAUCUAUGACCAACAAUA